UGAAAAUAACCUCAACACUGUCUAAAUAUCAUUCCGAAGUAAAGAUAUUUUCAGCAUCACACGGAACGUAAUAAUUUCCCAACCCAAUAUUCGCAGCGAAUUACAACAAACCAAACGAUUCAAAAACAUAUCAAAAUGCACGCUUUCGUCCUUGGAUUUCUUUUGAUGCUACUCGCUGGUGAAGCAACAUCGUCCGCCUCUGCAUCUGUCCACUGCCGGUGCUUGGCUGUCGUGAAUGUGGACAAGUGCUAUAUCGAGGAAUUGUUUAUUUGCCACACAAAUCACGCUGCAAAUCCGAAAGACGAAGAGUAUGGACUGACAGACUCCAACGAUAUGUGGACCCUCACAUGGCGCAGGCGCCGCCAUCUGCUGCAUCGUGCCAAUAUGUUAAGGGACCUGAAAUGGGGAAUCCAUCUCAGCAACAUGGAUAUCAUGUAUGAAGAGCAGUUGAUCGAGAAAUUACUCGAAUUGGCUUGCGUUCUGCACUACAAAAAUCGGCCCGUUAAGUAUCUGAUGGUGGCAGUGGCUGAACAACUUAUUGCAUCGUUGCACCCGUCAGACGCCAUACGAUUUGUCGGCUAUAUAUCCUCAGAUAUCCGCGAGCAGGGGCCUCCCUCCUCCAUCCAAUGGCACUGCCCGUACCUGACCUAUAUAGAGCAAGAAUUUCUCAACAUGCCCCAAUUGCCACAGGAGGAACUGCCUGAAAGCAAAAUACGGAUUCUUAUAUAUUAAUUUUAAUUAUAAGCUCCCGGUGCUCCCACUAAUAUUAUCAAAGACGUCAAUUGAUAACUCGGUGGGAAAGUAAAACCCCCAACAGAUCUUGUAAAAAAUAGCACAGUGGAUAGGGAACACA